AUGGAAAUCGAAGUGGAAAGAUCAACCUACUGGGUUGAUAGUCUUAAUGUUGGUUAUUGGAUAAGAGGUCACAGUCGACAAUACAAGACGUUUGUUGCCCAUCGCGUAGCGAAAAUUCACGAGAAUACCAAUCCUGAACAAAGGCGAUAUGUACCUACGAAAGUGAAUCAAGCAGACCGAGGAACUCGUGGCUUAACAGUGAAAGAAUUGAAGAACGACGAAUGUUGGUGGCAAGGAUAUGAAUUACUAGGAAAACCAGAGAAAGAAUGGCCGGAAAGAAAGUUCGGUAGUCCCUCGUUAACAGCACGAGAGGAAGUUAAAACCGAACCAAAGACGAAAGGGAAGUCCACCUUGUACGAUCAAUCAGCACAAACGCAAACGAAAGCUACAUGGCGUUUAGACCACUGAUCUGAAGUAAGACUGGAUAACGCAUCUAUAGUAUACAAAAGUGAAGCCGGAAGUCACCGGCCGCCACCCGAUUCUGGGGCCCCACUUUUGUAUAGAUUUGUAUUACAGACGGUAGUUUUUCGCGUUUUUUGCCUUGGCUACGUUUCCGAUCGGGCCAAUUUUACAAUCACAACGAUAUAAGCAUACAAGGAGAAUUUUGAGCAAAAAAUUUGGAGUAUUAUGGCUUUAUAACGCCGCGAAACAGGAUUUACAACUCUGAAGGAGUGGAGAGCCUCAGACUUUGUUUAUCAACACGAGCUCGUUUUGCUACUUUCAUACAAAAUCAACUCAAAAUAUACAAGAAUUAUUGUUACUGGACGGAUAUUCUCACGAAAUUUGAAGAAAUGAAGCAGCUACAUUGUGAACGAAAGCGUACAGAGGUUAGUUUAAAAUACCUUGAGGCUACUUCCAUAAUUAUAUGAAUUAAAAUAACAUAUUGAGUCGUUGUUUAUAAUUUGGAUUAAAAAUAUUUCAUUGUCACUUGUCUUCCUACUUUAAAACAUAAAAAACUUCUCGACAAGUCGCCUAGGAAUGCUUUUGACAAAAUUGACAUUUAAAACUGUUCCUUAUUAAAUUCGUAUAAUUUAAUAUAAAAGUAGCCUCAAGGUAUUUUAAAACUAACCUCAGAGCUGCUUCAUUUCUUCAAGUUUCCUGAGAAUAUUCGUCCAGUAAACAGUAAUUCUUGUAUAUUUUAAGUUGAUUUUGUAUGAAAUAGCAAACGAGCUCGUGUUGAUAAACAAAGUCUAACCUCUGUAGUACGCUUUCGUUCACAAUGUAGCUGCUUCAUUUCUUUAAAUUUCGUGAGAAUAUUCGUCCAGUAACAAUAAUUCUUGUAUAUUUUGAGUUGAUUUUGUAUGAAAGUAGCAAAACGAGCUCGUGUUGAUGAACAAAGUCUGAGGCUCUCCACUCCUUCAGAGUUGUAAAUCCCGUUUCGCGGCGUUAUAAAGCCAUAAUACUCCAAAUUUUUUGCUCAAAAUUCUCCUUGUAUGCUUCUAUCGUUGUGAUUGUAAAAUUGGCCCGAUCGGAAACGUAGCCAAGGCAAAAAACGAGAAAAACUACCGUCUGUAAUACAAAUCUAUACAAAAGUGGGGCGCCAGAAUCGGGUGGCGGCCGGUGACUUCCGGCUUCACUUUUGUAUACUAUAGAUGCGUUAUCCAGUCUUAUUUCAGAUCAGUGGUUUAGACCCAGCAAGGUAUUCGAAAUGGUACAGAACAUGACGAGGAGCAAGGACGAGGAAGUCGCGUCAAAAACGGUAUCUAUGUCUGUUUCUGUGUUUACAAACACAUUGUUGUCAUUUGGAGAUGGCGACAUCGCUUGAAACGGAUAGAUUCAUGAAUGCAUUUGUUCGAAUGGUAGCAAGACGAGGCUGGCCAAGAGACACGUUGAGUGACAACGGAACGAAUUUCGUAAGAGCUGCGAAAUUAAUUCAAAGUUUGGUAGAAAACCUAGAUCAUGAGAAUUGAGAAAACCAAACGCAUGACUGCUAACGAAGGCGUGAAGUGGCAUUGGAAUCCACCGGCGGGUCCACAUUUUGGUGGCGUUUUCGAAAGCAUGAUCAAGCUAGUCAGUGAAAAGAGCAAUGGCGGCAAUAAUCGGAAACGCGGAAGUAAACGACGAAAAACUUCAAACAGUAAUUACUAGUGUCGAAAGCCUAAUGAACUCGAGACAACUAACGAAACCAAUUGACGAUCCCAUUGAUGAAACAGUUUUGACGCCUAACCAUUUUCUAAUCGGCCAAAUGGGAGGAGAACUCGCUCCAGAAAGUAUCGACGAAACGAGCUAUAAUCUGCGAAAACGGUGGCGCCAAGUACAAGAGCUGACACGACGAGUUUGGCAACGAUGCAUGAAAUAAUAUUUACCUCAUGUAGGAAGUCGGCAGAAAUGGUUUCUUCCUACAGAGAACCUCAAGAAGAACGACGUAGUACCAGUGAACUCGAGGAGAACUUGAACGAUAACUUGGCGGCCAUCUUUGAAGCCACUCAUGAUGGCCGCCAUGUACGUAUGGAGUGGAAAAUACGCCACUUAAAAGAUGUCUGUUUCGACCACUAAAUAGAUGUAUUUCAACAAGGAAAAAAGCUAAAAACUGUCAACAAUACCUGAAACUUAAUACAAAACAUGUUUCCAGAACGUAGAGCAGUUAUAAAGUUCUUUUUAGAAGUCAUGAAGCGAAGUUUUUUUCGGCACGUUCAAACUUGUGUAAUAUUUUGAAUAUCAAGCUGUUACCUAGGAAGUUUUUGCUGUUAGUUGGUGUAAAAUACUUAGAACUAUCCAGGAAACCAGGUUUUUAUCUUUAAAGUUGACUUUUUGAUAAACAACAAAACACUCAAAAACAAACUUUUGACUGAAUUUCCCGCUCCUCGAAACUCUCCCCAGUCCUUUUGAAGGUUAAUUUAUUGCUCGCUGAGCACGCGAGAAGCGCCAUCUUGGCUGCAGGCAAGUAUGGGCAACAGGUGGGCAAUUUGUCUGAGCAUGCGCGAAGAAAACCAAUAUGGCGACAUAUAUUGGGAGUGUUUCGUGAAUUUAUCUGGUUUUAAAGCUGAUAAAACAACAUUUUAAUGAACGAAAACUUUGUAAUAUUUAGUGGAAAACAUUAAUCUAUGCAUUCCAAAGGUUUUACAUUGAAAAUGAAUACUUUUGCUUUAUUUUAUUGCUUUUUACAAAUUUACUUAUUCUAUUUUUACAAAAACAAGUUUGGAAACAGUAUUUAGUUCUCCAGCUUGAUGUCACAUUCCAUUUAUUUGGAUAUUUCAAUAAAGGAAUGUGAAAUAAUAAUCAAAUCUUGUGCAAAAUUUGAUACCAACACACAUGCGAACAGAUACUAUCACCUAAAAAUAAAAGAAAACAGAACUUAAAUUUAUCAUCUAAUGCUAUGAAAAAAAUUUUAGAUUCUACAGGCAUAUAGUGAGCACAAUUCUUUAACAAACUAACUAAAAUAAGUUAAGUUAUACUAUGAUAAGAGGAUGGCAAUAUAUAACAACAUCAAAUGUUGUCAUCUUCAGUGUCCAAAAAAAGUGCCUCGCGCAUUUUUCGUGGUCGCAUAACUGGUAUUGCAACAAACCCAGGUGAAAAAGCAAUUAGAAAAACCUGGUUUUGGGUGAUGAGCAUAGUCAAAUUCUUGACUUAUUCAAUUUUCUAUUGUUUUUCCAGGUAAACAGAUUAAACAUUGAAAUAAGCCGCAUUCGGGACCUCAUAGAAUCCAAACUAUUGCGUAUGGACCAGACUUUUUUCAAUUUUCUAUGAUUUACAUAACACUAGUUAUAAUUUAAGGGUCAACCAAUAUUGUUCAAGACAUAUUUUGCUUCCAGAACACCUUUUCAAAAUACUAACCCAAACAUAUCAAAAACAGUGUUCAUUUACAAGGGCAAUUUCAACCCUUUGGCACAUUUUUCCCACGAAUGAUUUUAAUUCUAAUAUAAAGACUAUAGAUAAAAAUUUGAUUUAAAGCUAGUUUCAAGUGAUGAGCAUACCCUAAAUGUUAAGCUAUACCUCAAAGAAGAUAGGUCAUUUCAACAUAAACAUUGAAAUGUGGGUAUACUGGCAGCUCUGUCACACUGGUAGUUUGACAUUAGCAGACCUUCUGAAACAUUUUAAUGAAAGUAUAAUUCACAAAGUUCACAUUUUCACUUACGUCUUAACAUCUGUUUUAAUCCAACUAGCUCUGUAGGCACGAGUGAAAUUUAGUGUUGAUGUAAAUAUCCAUUUUGUUCAUGUUUCCCCGGUGAAAAUAUAGUCUAUUCCAAAGCUGAUUUCGACGUACUUUAGCUUUUCAGAAACCGUUGGCCUUCCUCAGUAAGAUUAUCAACUGUUUCACAAACAUAUUUGAUAGUAAACAGCUAAAAUAUUCUCCGGAAGUCUAUACUUUUGCUCUUCGAUGCGAAAAUGGCAACUCGAGAAGAAAUGAGCCGCUAUUUUUUCUCAGCGUCGACAAAUUGCCCACCUGUUGUUCCAGUGUUAUUACAGUUCACUGCGUAGUACUCGUUAUUGACCCACAGUCAGCGCGACGAGAUGGGGGACUAGGGAGAUAGAAGCAACCUGCCCUGGAAAAGAUGGUUUAGUAAGAGUAGUGGACGUUAGACAAGGCGACAAAAUCCUACGAAGACCUAUAAUGCGAAUCCCACCAUUGGAAGCUCAUGAUGAUGAACAGAACGUUAAGUAUAUAUAAUUUAUAGCGGAUUCUUAUUAAUUCAAUUCGAAUCCGAAAGGGGGAAAUGUUAAAACACUGAUGAUAUAUUACGAAAUUUCUCGAGCAUGCCAGAAGUGAAAUUAUAUUAUACAUUACUUAAAUCUUAAUCAAACGUAAAUCUAGGCGAAAGGGAACGUGAUUGGUUAAAAUUAAUUUUUCUCAAGCAUUAAACACUUAAAACAGGAAUGCAUGAUCUGUAGAAAGAAGAGACGAAUAAAAUAUAGACUGAUCAAGGGUUAACAAAAAAUCUAUGGAAAUUGCAAAUAUAUUACGUGGAGUACGUGAACUAAAACUGCCCAAAGUACGAACCACAAAGUAUGGUCUGAAUUCCUUCAGAAAUUGUGCACCAAAAUAAUGGAACAGUUUAUCAGAUAUUGAAAGAACAGCUAAAAACUUGAAUGUUUUUAAAACUGCUAUUCGUAAAACGACUUUCUCAAAAUAAUUAAUUUAUCUUAUUUCAAUCUUUAAUUUUAUCCCCGAGCCGACGGCGCGAAGCGCCGUGCGAGGGUACUAAUUCCCUCCGGCUAUUUACACCUGGGGAAACGAAAGCAUUAGGGAAGUCUAAAGUUCAUCAAAUAUCGCGGGCGUGGGUGACCAACGAUGGGUGGUCAUCCUCACUGAUCUCAAAAAUAUGGCGGACUGUCAUGAAUAGCGGACACUGAUUGGUCCAAUUUAAAGUUUGCAUUAUAACGACUGCAUGACGACAGCGAAAUAGCAAACAUUUCUUGAUUUGAUGAUUGAUGAAUUUUUUGCUCGCAUUUUUGCAAGAUUUUGUAAAUUUCAAAAGUUUUCUCAUAAAGAAAGGGCGAAAGAAUCGGCUAAAAGAACGGAGCCGACGUUAACGAAGGUAAGUUUGUUUUAAAUAUUGAUUUUAUAAUGGUUUAAAACUCGACGGCUUUGCGUAUAUGAAACAACUAAACAAGACAGCAUAUAAUUUCAGUGUAUCUUUAAUAUUGAUUCCCUUUUUUUAAAAUUUUUUCAAUAGAAAAGAAAGCAAAGUUAUUUGCAAGCGAGAAUUUGAAAUCAUUUUAUUGCAAACUCAAAGUUUAUCGAUAAAGCCAUUUAAUUAAAGGCUGUUUAGUUUUAUAAAGAACACUUUAAAACGUUUUGCGAAGCGUUUGUGCUUGAAUUUUACCUUAAAUUGAAGCUUAUAUUACGUAUAAUAACAUAUCUAACAUAUAUAUGUUGGGAAAUUGAUAAUUUUGUAAUUAAAAGUGAUAUUUUUAGGCGAUUUUUAAGAAUAUUCUUAAAAAAUUAUCGUGUUACCAUGACAACUGCUCUUGAUACUUCAUGUUCGGAAAAUACAAUGGGUUUUUUCUAGUUAUUUUACUCAUCUUACUGAUAUUAAAUUAACACUAGCAUGAUAUAGGGACAAUUUGUAACAUAUUUUUUAUAUAGUAAUUUGUUAAUUAUCUUCGGAGAUACUAGCAUAUUUUUGCUAACUUAAAUCCGAAUUGAAAUAAAGUUUCUAUCUAUCUAUCUAUCUAUUACAAACGUACAAGAACUUAUUGCAAAUAUAUUGUUCAAAACGAGACCAGCGCACAGUUGUUAUUCGACGGAGCAACAAUAGUCUUCGAAUAACAAAAAACUUCAAUCAAACUUUUCAACGGCUUGUUUUUAAAUAAAGUUCAUUCACAAACACAUAUAACCCAAAACAUGGGCGCAGCAUUCAACUUUAAUAGGGUUAAUAGUGCUAACGGGGUAACGAGUUCAAUUAAUUAAACAACAACCCUCGGAAGUGCAUAUUUUAUAGUUAUCAUAAACUGUACAUUGUCAGAUUUGUAUUAAUUUAUCAGUCGAGUUUAAAAUUAAUGUUGAUGGGCUAUUUUAAUAGUCUUUUAUAAAAGAUCAAAACGAUAUAAAAGUAAAACACGAUUCCCUAUCAUUUGUAAUUAUAUUGCAAGAAUCAUCAGAGUUUUUAAUUGAGUUAUCAACAGAGUUACCAACGGAGUUUUUAAUAUUUUGUGAUUAUUAAGUCAAAAUCGGUUUCGUAAAACCACUGUAUAUGCUAAAACAAUAAAGUUUAGUGCGGUCUUAUUUUGAAGAGAACGAGGAAGAAACAGUGGAAGUUUCGUGCACACCCCCCCCCCCCGGCAAAGAACGCUGACUAUGACGUUCCGUUGCGGACAAAAAUACGAGUUAAAAUAUUCAAUUCGAAGUCGAAUAUUUUGGGAUCGAAGUCGGGAAUACGAUAAUCGAAGUCCAAAAUACGAUAUUCGAAGUCCAAAAUACGAUAUUCGAAGCCCAAAAUACGAUAUUCGAAGUCCAAAAUACGAUAUUCGAAGUCCAAAAUACGAUAUUCGAAGUCCAAAAUACGACAAUCGAAGUCCAAAAUACGAUAUUCUAAGUCCAAAAUGCGAUAAUCGAAGUCGAGAAGAAAUGAAAAAAUAA